ACAGUCCAGAUUCCGGAACCCGCUCACACUCCGUUGUGCUUGUGCUACCCACUCGAAGUAGCAGCCAUUGGCUAGUCGCCACCCAUGCCUGCGGCGCCGGGGACCGGCCCCGGCUGCCUGGGGUCGCCGGCGCAGGCCCCCUCGGGCUCCCUCGCCGGGGUUCAAGGCGCCCCGCGGCGGCUGGGAACAUCGAAGCCGUCGUGGAUCGUCCGCACUGAGUCAAACGUGAGGAGGGAGAGGCCAAAGCGACCUGAUCCUCCUUGCACCAUCUGCAAAGGCACAGGGAGAAUAGACUGCCGGAACUGUUUCGGCCGAGGCAGAACAAACCAUGCCGAGCUUGUCAUGCUCCCGAAGGGCGAAUGGCCACACUGGUGUCGAAUUUGUGGUGGCAGUGGACUGGACUACUGCUUCCGGUGCCAUGGAACUGGUGAAUAUCGAGAACCAAUGGGCUUCCACUUCACUGUUAAAAGCAAAUGAGCUUUUCGCGUCUGCAACUGACUAGUCGGGUAAAAACGCAUCAAUAGAAGAGGAAAACAUAACUGUUAUGCUACGAUGUGCAGUUGAACUGUACCAGUCAGGGAACAUCGUAUUGCAGUAGUCAGUAGUCACCCAGUAUACGCAUCUCCAGUUUGUUUGUUUUUUUAUCUGUGGAAAUUUAUACCUGAAUUGUUGCUAGUAGUACAAGAUAGAUUAUGGCCCGUA